AUGUCCGCCAACUUUGGACGUCGCCUGUAUACCCAUCUAUGGGAAUCGGCGAGCCCAUUUCGCGGUCGCAUACGAAAUCGCAUCUCCGCCCCCGAUGCGAAGGUCUUCGACUCGUUUUCCACAGGCAAACGAUUCUCAACAUCCAAAAAGGCCAUCCCUCUUACGAGACGAGUUGCUUCCGGGGGCUUUCUCGUUCUCGGUGUUUCUCCUAGCUCCACUGCGGCCGAAGGUGGCGUGGCUUGCAUCGUUCCCUCAACCCAGAUAGCCGCUCAAUAUGUCUGGAAGCGAGCUUUACAUACAUCAAACAACAACCAGUCUGAUAAAGGUGCAUCCAGCGAUCGUCGCCCCAUCAAGGAAGAUGAUAUUUCUCACGCCCAAAAUCCCGAUCAAAUUCCUCCGCAAACCCCUCCGUCGAAACUGCCUCAAGGACCGCGUCCAUCCACACCUCCCAAUCGCCACUUGAUGGAUCGCUUGCCGCAUAUGCCCCAUUUACAUCGGCCCACAAAGGAAGAACUUUUGGCCGCAGCGACUGGAUUUUGGUCGCGCCUUAAGGUGCGAUUCAAGUGGUUUUCUAUUCGGAGUGUACGGCCCUUCAACUUAGAUGAAAUCACGGCACUUUUCUCAUGGGUUCUACUUGGCCAUGUUGUCUGGGUCGUUGUGGGAACCACAACAUUCUUCUCGCUGUUAAUCCUGGCCAUCAACACGGUCUUUGCGCAGGAAACGCUCGCCGGAUGGGUAGGUAACUACCUUACCAAAUCAUCUGGAGUUAAAGUUGUCUUCGAGUCUGCCAUCGUACCCAAAUGGAAGAAUGGCGUCAUCACUUUCAAAAACGUGUUUGUAUCGCGGCGGCCCGGUCAGGGGACCGGGCAUGUUAGCAAAGGCUCUCCGACGACUGCCGCUGCUGCCGCCGCCGCCGCAGCUCGAGGUGAUCCUGGGCCCGAAGACCCAUCGCUUGUAACCGAAGAGGAGGAUACCAAUUACACGCAAUUCGACCUAUCCAUCGAGAGUGUCAACGUCACUCUGUCGUUUACGAAAUGGCUCAACGGAAAAGGCCCCCUUCGCGACGUCGAGGUUAAAGGAAUACGAGGUGUUGUUGAUCGCCGGCAAGUCUACUGGCCAGAGGAAGAUCUGGACCCCAAAUCGUAUCGACAUGAGCAUCAGCCCGGUGAUUUCGAGAUCGAUUCAUUCAAAAUGCAUGACGUGUUGGUCACGAUUUAUCAGCCCGAUAACUUUCGACCGUUCUCCGUCAGCAUUUUCUCAUGCGACCUACCCCAGCUGCGCAAGCAGUGGCUCUUCUAUGACUUCCUCUCUGCCAACAUGAUGUCGGGGUCUUUUGACAACUCGUUGUUCACCAUUCACCCCCGUCAGACCCACGGUUUCACUGGGCUCCGGUUAGAUCAAAAGACCGAGGAAGAUGGAAAGCCUAGUCCCUGGAAGCAACACAACAGAAUUCGUGUUGACGGGUUGAAUAUCGACCAUUUGAAUCGAGGUGUCCAAGGACCCUUUUCGUGGAUUCAUGAAGGCACUGUGGACAUUGUGGCGGACAUCAUGUUACCUUCCGAGAACGAUGAAAGCAUCGCAAAGGUGAUGGUUGAUUUUUAUGACAGACUGGAGGCCACCGUUACUUCCAAUCAAUACCCAGAGACUUUGCCUCAGCAGUCCCAAGAUGAUACAGAGUCCGCAUCCAAUGCUGACAAACGGUUCUUGGUCAUGGACUUGCGAGUCAACCUCAACAAUGUUCGAGCCGCGGUCCCGAUAUUUACUCGAGAUCUCUCCUAUAUCAAUAACGCACUUAUCCGACCGAUUGUCGCCUACAUCAACUCAAAGCGCACCUUCAUUCCUAUCAAUUGCCGCCUCGUCAAGCGCGUCAGCGACUUCGAUGGGAGCUGGACUAUCUUUGACAGUAGUUUAAUGGAUGACUUGUCCGCUGCUACAUACGACGCAUUCGCUCGGGAUGUUGUGGAUGAUCAGGCCCGCAAGAGACGGUUCAAGAAAGUUGGAUUCUGGUCCCUUCAGCUUGCCGCGCAGGCUAUUUUCAUGGGCAUGGCUGGCAACAUUGCAUGAUUCUGUACAUUUUCUAUGACCU